AUGGCAGGUCGUUCAGCCAUACACAAAACUCCAGAGGCCAAGCUGCAAGCUGUGCGUGAAAAACGAAAAGGUACUAUCACAGAUUGCCGCUGCAGACAUAAAGAAAUGAUCAACACCAAACGACACCUUUCUUGCACGGUGCCAACACACAAAAUAUCUUCUGACUCUGCCUCUCAGAUGGAGAUGGACACUUCUCCGACUCCACCACCUACAACACUAUCAGAUUGCUUAGAACUAGUUAAAGACGCCAAGGACAAGCUCAUUGGUCUCAGUGUGUUAUCCAGUCCUUAUGCAUUUGUCAAACAAAUUCUUGGGAAAUACAUCACAAUGGUACCUUGGGAAACCUUCAACAUUGAAUCUGUUGAAUCUGUUCAUGGUAAGGAUAUGGGUGAUACUUCCAUAAUCAAGGAUGCCAUCAGCAUGGUCAGAAACAUUCAUGGUGUAGGGAGUAUCCCUACGCUAGGCUUGUAUCCACCACUUUUCCGAUGCAUCAGGCAUCCAUCCGACGUCCAUCCGACACCUAUCCAUUCCAUCCGAUACCCAUCCGCUUUUCGGACGACAUGCGGAUACCUUCGGAUCUCCCCCUAUAGCUCACACAUCCGCCGCAUCCGUCCUGUCCACGUCCAUUCUACCUCAUUGAUAGCUUAUGGCACGGUCUAG